CUCAUCUCGAACGAGCCUGUAGUCUCGCUCUCCCGAGAACACACACACACGCGUCAGGCAAAGAUGGCGGCCUUCACUCUGGCCCGAAGAAGCGGCGGACUGAUAAACGGGCUGAGGACGUCUUUCAGGAGUCUGGCGCCCGGGAAAUAUGGCGCAGUCGCUGCCGCAAUGCCGCCGGCGAACUGCCGCUGGAAUUCUGUCAGCCACUUGAGCGUGAAGGAGAGGAUUGACGAGAAACGGAAGAUGGCGCUGUGCGGGGGAGGUCAGCAGAGAAUAGAUGCACAACACAAAAAGGGUAAGUUGACAGCCAGGGAGCGAGUGGACCUUCUGCUGGACCCCGGGUCCUUCGUGGAGUCGGACAUGUUCGUGGAGCAUCGCUGCUCUGACUUCGGCAUGGAGCAGGACAGGAACAAGUUCCCGGGCGACAGCGUCGUGACAGGCCGAGGACGGAUCAAUGGCCGGCUGGUUUAUGUGUUCAGUCAGGACUUCACAGUGUUCGGUGGCAGUCUGUCUGGAGCUCACGCACAGAAGAUUUGUAAGAUUAUGGACCAGGCCAUGAUGGUUGGAGCCCCGGUCAUCGGGCUGAACGACUCCGGAGGAGCUCGGAUCCAGGAGGGAGUGGAGUCUCUGGCUGGAUAUGCAGAUAUCUUCCUGAGGAACGUGAUGGCUUCAGGAGUCGUCCCUCAGAUCUCCCUCAUCAUGGGCCCCUGUGCAGGAGGAGCCGUCUACUCCCCGGCCCUCACGGAUUUCACCUUCAUGGUUAAAGACACGUCAUACCUGUUCAUCACAGGACCCGAUGUUGUGAAGUCUGUCACCAACGAAGAUGUGACUCAAGAGGAGCUCGGUGGAGCCAAAACACACACCACCGUGUCUGGAGUGGCUCACCACGCUUUCGAGGAUGAUGUCGAAGCCUUGCUCAACGUGCGAGAGUUCUUCAACUUCCUGCCACUGAGCAAUCAGGAUGCUGCUCCUAUCAGGGAGUGCCAAGACAGCAGCGAUCGUAUGGUACACUCAUUGGACACCAUUGUGCCGUUCGAGACGACUAAAGCCUACGACAUGUUGGACAUCGUUAAAGCAGUAGCGGACGAGAGCGACUUCUUUGAGAUCAUGCCCAACUACGCCAAGAACAUCGUGGUGGGCUUUGCCCGCAUGAACGGCCGCACCGUAGGCAUUGUGGGUAACCAGCCCAAAGUGGCUUCUGGUUGUUUGGACAUCAACUCCUCAGUGAAGGGAGCUCGCUUUGUACGCUUCUGCGACGCUUUCAACAUUCCCAUCAUCACCUUUGUGGAUGUGCCAGGCUUCCUGCCAGGUACCGCUCAGGAGUAUGGAGGCAUCAUCAGACAUGGAGCCAAGCUGUUGUAUGCCUUUGCAGAAGCCACUGUCCCGAAAAUAACGAUCAUCACCAGAAAGGCUUACGGAGGAGCCUAUGACGUGAUGAGCUCCAAACACUUGAGAGGAGACGUGAACUACGCCUGGCCCACUGCUGAGGUCGCGGUCAUGGGUGCCAAGGGUGCCGUUCAGAUUAUUUUCAGAGGAAAGGAGAACCAGGCGGAGGCGGAGGCUGAAUACAUCGAGAAGUUCGCCAACCCUUUCCCCGCUGCUCUCAGAGGUUUCGUGGAUGACAUAAUCGAGCCGUCGACCACUCGCAAGAGGAUCUGCAGAGAUCUGGAGGUGCUGGCCAGCAAGAAGCAGAUAAACCCCUGGAAGAAACACGCCAACAUUCCUCUGUGAACCACACCAACACCGGCUAAAGGCACUUCUUCUGACACGGACUCUGCAUUCAAAUGAACUGCGGCGUGACCUCGUGACGAUUUGGGUUGUUUGUCUAGUCAUGCACCGCUCAAGCAGCCCUAGCUCAGCACAUUUAUCUGUACAGCCACUGAUAUGCACACCUGAAGAGGAUGAUAGUGAAGACACACAUGAGAGGUAGUUGCUGUCAGUAGUGGCCAUAUUGGUCACUUUGACACUUAGGACAUUUUGAGAACAAGAUUGUAUCUGAAAGGGUAGGUUACGUUUCGCCGAUAAAACGCGGGCAACCAGCUGUCAACAUGGUGGUAUUAG